AUGCCCAUCGGUCAACAGGAAAGUGGUGUUACAUCAGGCGUCAAGUUUGUCACUUCGACGGUAGGAAAUACCGUCGGAGGCGUUACAAACACGCUGGGAGGUGUCGUGGGCGCUCUUGGGAGGGGCGUCGGUGAGACGGUCGAGGGCGCCACGGGCAGUGCUGGCCGCCCGGUUGCAAGGGGCGUUGCAGAUGUCGCCACAAGCAUCGAAAAGGGCGCAAACAACGUAGCAGGAGGCGUGAAGCGGGCUGGAGAGGGGAAGUAA